AUGCUGUUUCUCGGUGAUGUUUUUCCAAAUUUCACAGCAAAUACUACUGCUGGUGAAAUAAAUUUUCAUGAAUGGCUUGGCUCCUCUUGGGGUAUCCUAUUCUCACAUCCGUCUGAUUUCACGCCGGUCUGCACGACUGAACUCGCGAAACUACUUAAUCUGCUUCCAGAGUUCGAAAAGCGGAAUGUGAAGGUUAUCGGCUUGUCCUGUGAUUCGAUUUCCUCUCAUAUAGAGUGGUGCAAAGAUAUCAAAAGCUAUGCAGGUUGUAACGAAGAUGAGAAGUUUCCAUACCCUAUAAUUGAGGAUCAGGACCGAAGUCUGGCUAAGAGCCUCGGAAUGGUUGAUAAAGAUGAAUUAGACCAAAAGGGCAUGCCGCUGACGGCCAGGGCUGUGUUCAUCGUAGAUGUUAACAAGAAGUUCCGUCUUUCUUUAUUAUACCCUGCGACCACGGGAAGAAACUUUGAUGAGAUUCUCCGUGUAAUAGAUUCCCUGCAGCUCACUGAUAAGGCUAAAGUGGCGACGCCGGUUAAUUGGAAGAUGGGUGAUGAUUGUAUGGUGCUGCCAACAAUACCUCAAGAUCAAGUUACCAAGUUCUUCCCAAAAGGUGUCACCGUGGUGCCCCUGCCUUCGGGCAAAAACUAUCUGAGGAAGACUGAAUGCCCCAAACUGUAA